UGUCUUCGAAUGACCGUGCGCGUACUUGACCGUAUACUUAAUAAUAAAUCUAUGAAAUCUGGAGGUGAUCUGUAGGGAAUUGGAAAACACUAGCUUCACUUGAUCACAAUUGAGUUAUUGCCUACAGAUCAUGUCUGAGCUAGAGGUCAGGGGACUGUGCCAAAACAUUGGUCUAGCUAUGGCUUGCUACCUUGCACAAAAGGGUUCCAAUCUAGCGCACAGAAAUAAGGAACGGAAGUGUCCACUGGACUAUGUCAACGUUCAACUGGCUGAGGUCAUCAAGUAUUACGCCAGCUUGUCUCUACUGGAAAGUGCACCGUGCCCCUCGUCCGCUACCAUGGCAACUGACACGUUGCCACCAGAGGAGAUUUUGUUGUGUAUGAUAUGUGACGAACCACGCCACCUGGUGACGUUUAAGCCGUGUGAACAUCGGGUAGCUUGUGACGAGUGUUGCAUCAGAAUGAAGCGCUGUAUGACAUGUCAAAGUCCCAUCGCUACAAAGCUAGACACAG